AUGAAAGACGAGAGAAUUAUUGAAAGGAUCGGUAUAAUCGAAGAUCCAAAUCAGACUGUCAUAUCACGAUUAUUACCUGAACAAAUAAUGAUGCGCCGCAUUCGAACUACUCUGCUUAUUUUGCUCGGAUUUUUAUUGAUGUCCGAUCUCGUUGGUUUAGUUUUAUUUGUUCAUUUCCAUGUUCACGGUUCAAAACCGAGUUCGAAACUUAAUAUCAAACGUGAAUUACUUUGGCGUGUAUUUUCAGUCUUCUAUUAUGCAUUUGGAUUAAUUGCAACAAUUCAAUACUUUCGAAAAGGCUUAUGCGUGUUUGCCUCGAUUGGAAGCUUUAUCUUAAUUAUAUUGAGUGCCACUUUUGCAACGAUCUAUAUUACGGCAUUUUAUAGAAAACAACGUUUUUUUUCUUAUGAAACCGAUGCCGAUAUCUUCUACUCUGUAAUUUACACAAUUGCUGCAAAGAUAUCAUUCGUUGUCCUUUUCAUCAUUGUAUGUUUAUCAUUUAAAUUGUCCAAUCUACUCACCAUGAAUCGACGCCCGAUCAUUCGAACAGUAUAA